CGCAGUGCGCGCGCUCACUAUGAAAGCGUGUCUGCUUGUUUACAACCAGGCAACUUGGGUAGCGGUGAGCAUGGCAACGAGCGUAAACACUCGACCGACGCUUUUCGCUGUUCGACGCUGAUCGAGUGACCUGCAAUGGCUUUCUGCAGUAACGAGUACUACGACACAAUUGGAUCUAUUCAUAAGAGCAUACACGAAAGGGAAAAGAGGAGGCAUGAGCUGGAAGAAGAGCUGUUUACCUAUUCGAGAUCAGAAGACAGCCUAGCCAAGCAAAAAUAUACCAAGAUGCGGCACUAUCACAAGGAAUUGUGUAAGAGAGAGCAGCAAGCAAAGGCUCGCAACCUUGAGCUCCUGAGAAAUGUCGAGAGCCUAGUAUCAAAUGCGAAAGAAUUUUCCAUUGACUACAGUGUACUGCAUCACUUGAAGCUGGAAUGUAGAACUCACAUAACAAGAAUUCUGGAUGAGAGGAACAAGAGGGAGGGGAGUGCGAGGGAAGCACAAAAAGAGCAAAGCAGAUCUUUUCUACACAGCAUCAGGAGAUCACCCCAACCUAGUGUCAUCUUCACGGGUCGGCAAACCCUCAAAGGCACUUUGGUGGAGGAUAGCGUCAUGAGCGCGCACUCACCAUCUCUGACCGAGCUGAUACCUAAUCACCCUUCAGCUUCCUUGCUACAAAGUGGCCCUUUGAUGGAUGCCCGAGUUUCAAAAGCCAACGGCGGCACGGCUUUAUCUGAUGACAUUCUAAACUCAGACGAUUUCCCUGCCGGCACUGGCGACACAAGUGAAAGGCGGCCCGCAUCUGACUGUGGCUUCUUCAGAGGAGCGGAAGAGGAGUGUGGGCCAGAGCAGCUGGCCUCGCCUCACAUGACCUUGAAGGCAUCUGGAGUGUCCUCUCAUCACAGAAGCGUGAAGAGAGCAGAGAGCAGUGCGUCACUCCAGUGCCGUCCCAGCCAGAGCCCUUCCCCAGACACCACUUACACGAGUGGCCCCUCACGGCACAGUGGCUCUGGAGAGCAGGCCAGGGUAGCUGCUAGAAGGGCCGAAAAGAAAGCAGAGUCAGCUGAAAAGCAUUCAGAUGAUUCAGAUCAGAGUAAAAGCAGAAGCCCCAGUAUCCCCAGUUCUGAUGUGGAGAUCACACCUGAUCCUUCACUGAACACAGCCAGCGAUGUUUCAGUUUCACAAAGUGAUAGUUUCCAUGAACAGCACAGCCCUGGAGGAAGUGCUUCAAUGCUGGGAAAGGAUAACAUACCCAGUCAAGGUGGUGGAGAGCCAAAGGACAGAGUGGAGUUCGGAGGACCUCUUUCCCUGAAGCCUGAAUCUAGGCUUUCGAUGGAAGGAUUUUUUUAUCUACUGGACAGCAUUGAGGAACGUCUCCCUGCAAAAGACGACAAGCUGUACAGUAGCUCUCCAGUCAGUGAGCAGAAGCUGAGAGAUAUUAUCAGGCUGUGCAGUCAGCGUGGGGGACUGAAAGGAGAGGAGCUGAGUGUGUGUGGAGCUGUGGUCCUGCAGCAGUUGCCCUGGUUGUCAUGGAACAUGUCCCAGGGUUGUCUGCUGCCCAGCGACCUGGUCAACACACACUGGUCCACUGCUACAGAUGCAACAUGGAUAAGGUCAUGUCUGUCGUCAGAGAGUGCUGCUCUGUGGGAUCGCUGGUUUACACAUGUCCUUCAGCUACUGCAACAGGAGGUUCUCCCCCUCGACAGCAUCGUGCAGCUCUUCACGCCACUCCUAGUGCAUAACAAUGCCUCCUACACCGGCAAGGCCGAAGUGCUGUUGAAGAGGCUUUUGACCCGUGCAGCUGAAACACAUCACUUGUCAGAGAGUGAGGAGUCCUCGUGUAGCAGCUUACCCUCACUCCUGCAUGACAGCGUGGAGAUCAAACUGGCCAGACUCUCCAAGAAAUCAUUUAACGCCACUGGCACACAAGGAGUACAAAGUGGUGAAGAGGACAGAGCCGACCAAAGCCCUGUGGAAAGUAUUCCUAUUAGAGAGACAAAAGCAUAUCAGCUGCUUAAACAAUCAGUCACACAAGAGAAACAGUGGAGAAACACACAGGAGGAGGGCAGUUCUGACUUGGAGCUAUCAGGUUUCUCCAAUACUAAAAAAACAGAAAAGAGUGAGAGGCUCCAUCAAGAGUCACGGGAGGAUCCUAAGACCAAAGUCCAGGCUUUCUCUGCGGUUCAGUCCAAAGCGUUUUGGGGUGAUUCAGAUGACUCCAACUCUGAAAUUGAAAUGGCCUUACGUCCUCGGUCCCACAAUGCCAGUAAUGAUGACUUUGAUGACUUUUAUGAUUAAGUUUUCUCUAACGAGAGAUCGCAGUUUUUAGUCAUCUGUCAAUGUGCUGUAAUGAACUGCCUUUUUUGAAAAAUAAAAAAUGUGUAAACACAAAUCUUGACUGAGAAAUAAUA